GGCUGCCCGUCAGAGAGCUCAGGUUUAGGGAUGUGCUUUCAGAGCAGAUUAUGAAGCAGACCUCAUCUCUGGCAGUCUCGUCAGAUUGUCUCAAUGGCUAAACACAAGCUUUUCCUGUUUUUUUCUUUGUUGCUGUGUGUGUUUGUCUCUCUGUGUUUGCCCUUCGAUCAAGUGCCUGCGAUCCUGGACAGGAGCUCGGAGGUCCAAGCAUAUCAAGCUGUGAGAAUUAGAACAGAAAGAGAACAAGUCGAGAGUCCAAGUGCCUCACACGAGGAGAGUUAUUCGCCUGCAGCUGAAAAUCCACUCAGAAGAAUACUGCAGCCUUACGGUUGGCAUCUGCAUGCCCAGCCCAGAACCAAGCGGAAGUUACUUCAGUCUACCAGCUCUGGUCCCUAUUCCCCACUAACUGUGGCUUACAAUGGAAAUAUAUGCAUCCUUUUCAAAGCUAAGAGACUGGCUAUUCGAUAUAGGAACAACACUUUCCUGGACCUCACAGAGAGGGUGUUUGGAGCCAGCGCACUAGUGGACACCAAAGGCUCUGUUUGUACCAAGGAGAAGGCAACGUUGUCUUUGCGCUUGGGUGAUGUGGAAGACAUAAGAGGACUUGUAAUCAGGCUUCAGAUGUCCAACACAUUUUAUGAAUCAGUAGGUCAAAACUGGUUCACUCUGGACAGCGUUCACAUCCACUACAACUGGACUCAUGAGGCAACGUUCAAUGCCACGGAGGUCUAUGCCCCCGCCACCUAUUCUUACCACUGCCAGCAUGUCAGCAGCUUACAGAAAUAUGACACCCUACUUGUGCCCAGCUCGCACUCUGACAGCUCGGCGAACUGGCACAUCACUUUCACGGAUUUUCAGAUCCAGGCCUUUAAUGUCCAAUCCAACAAAUUUGCUUCAGCUAGCGACUGCGCGACCUUCUUCACUCCAGCCAUCUUGAUGGGCCUGAUCACAUCUCUGAUUCUGCUGCUGGUGUUGGCCUACGCCCUGCACAUGGUCGUCCACCUCAAGCACAUCGACCGUUACGAAGAGCACAAGACCACCGUAUACUUCCCCCGCACCCCCGAAGCUGAGCUCCCGGACAAGAACAGUGUGUAGGCAGCAAUGUAAAACGCUGUAAAACCAGCUGUGGGCCAGUCUUGCAGAAGACAGAGGGGCAGAAGGAUUGCUUUUUCUGAUUCUGGAUGGCCGAAAUGUCUUCCUGGUCGCUCAAUCCUCAUCACACCGAUCGCUGUCUUAACAUAACUUGUUACGGUGGAUAGGAUGUGAAUGGAUCAGGUUUUUUAAACCUAGGCCGGAGCUAAAACCUGGGCACAUCACGGCUCUCCAGGACCAGGACUGGGAAACCUGUGGAGUGGGGACAAAAAAUUGUGAGAUUGCCUUUAAAUUCCAUUCUGGAGGAUUUUACAAAGCACUUCACUGACUGGAAACAAGUACUGUGGUUAGACAUACAUGAAGUGACUAAUGGAUGUCAGAAAGAAAACAACUGUAAUGACUGUGAUCUGAAUAUGAAAGUCUUUUUUUUACAGUACUUCAGAAAUCACCUUAUCAUUCAUCUGUAACGGAGUCUGUAAUCUUUUCGAGGUUUGCGGAUCUGCCAAUUGUUUUAUGACUGCCAAAGUGGUGCAAAACUGUUUGUGAGCCUUGUUGAAUAACUGACAGUAAUAAUGUGAAUAUGAAAAGAACUAAACAAACCGUAAUAUGUGUACAGUGCUCAAUAUUCUGCUUUAUUAAUUUAAAUAUUCCAACAUAGUAGGAUCAAGGACCUCCAUAAAUAUACUCAUUGGCUUGAAAUGAUCAGCUAGAUAUCCAUAUAGAUCUCUAUUCAUAACCGCUAUUUUAGUAAUGAACAAACCUCUAAUAUAAAGCACCUUUGAAAGCUUGAAAUAUUAAAAAGUGCGUAAAAUAUUUAGCGAUUUUAUAAGCUUCAGGAGUAUGUGAUAUAUUGCACAGAACUUUUUAUAUGAAGGUGGAACAUAUUAGGACUAAUAGCUGAAUUUAGCACCACUUGAGAAUUUAUAGUACAGACAGUAUAACUAUAGCGAUGCUGAAAGAAUGCUGUACAACUAUUCAUAUAAGUGUUUAAUACCCUCAGUAUCAUAAUCGGUAUACCUCUGUAUCUACAAUAAUAACAUCAGUAACUCAUUAUCACAAUAACCUGCAGCAUGACAAUGACUAGAGAUAAUCCUCUACCGUGGCACGCUUCAUACUGGAGACAGACGUGUGUUCAUUUGGACUGAAUGAUGCUGGUGUUCAUGCUGAAGUGCACAAGAAGGGUUUCUGAGUCGAUUCAGUUGUCUGAACAAUAAACUAAAUCAGAUCAAAACAUGUGUC